GUGUCGGAUGAGUUGCGAAUGCGCUGGACUGGUGAUCUCCAACUUGCCGUAUCUUCGGGAAAACUCAUGUUGUAUACUAAUUAUUUUAUAGAUUGAUAUAGUUUGCCUGAGUUCAGAAUGGGAGAGUGGCAAGACAGUACACCCAUGCAAGCUUUCGAGAAGGACAUGUUGGAACUGACCAUUGAAGAUGUUUACGACAUUUCUUACGUGAUCGUUAGAGAUCUGUUAAUAGUCAAUACAGGUGGUCGGGAAUUCUCGGACUUGCAGUUCAAAAUUGUCCGUGUGCUUGAGAUGUUUGAAACCAUGGUGAACAAAUACAAUCUGUCCAUGGAGGAGCUCAGGAUGGAACGGGAUAAUAUGAAGUAUGUAUUGGAUAGAUUUGUUGUAGAAGGUUCAAGUACCGGUAGUAAUAUUAACGAUCAGGCCAUUGGGCCAAACAAGCUAGUUGUGGAUUUAAAGGACCCCAACUGACCACAAUUCACUAUGCAGGAGAAAAAAAAAAGAGUUAUUUGGGCCCAGGAGGAACUACAGGUCUACAAGAGGUAA